AUGUAUAGUCCCGGACGUCUGCGGGAUUUGAUUGGUUCCUUUUCAGUGUCAUGUUUACAGAACAGUGUUACCUGCCACUCGCUAAAUGUCUCCGGUUUCUCGCCUUUUUCUUUGUCAUUUUGUGCGUUUGUAGCUUUUGCUGCAAUGACGUCAUUCCUUCGUGUGAUCUCAUCGGAGGAAGAGGAGCUGUACUUGCUGGACUGCAUGGCUUAUCUCAUGCUUUUCAUGGCCGUCUGCACUUUAGUUAGUUUGCGGUUUGAAAACGUCCCUUAUGGCCGUUACGCCUCCAGCAAAUAUGGUUUCCCGGUGAACGUGAAGCUCGCCUGGUGCGUUCAGGAGCUGCCGUCCCUCCUGAUCCCGUUAUAUCUGACGGUCUCAGCGACCUCCGUCAAAACCUCCGUCCUGCCAAACCAGCUCCUCAUCGCCAUGUUCGUGUGUCACUACAUCCAGAGAGCCAUCAUUUAUCCCUUUCUGAUCCGGGGUGGGAAAGGGACGCCGUUUGUGUCCUUCGCCUUGGCCUUGCUUUUCUGCUUGUAUAACGGCUACAUGCAGGUCAGAUAUCUGAGCCAUUAUGCCGACUAUCGUCCGCACUGGGUCACACAUCCACUCUUCAUCCUUGGGUCUGUUCUGUGGCUGGUCGGCUGGCUGUUGAACUUGCAUUCUGACCACAUCCUGAGAAACCUGAGAAAGCCUGGUGAGACUGGUUACAAGAUCCCCAGAGGAGGGAUGUUCGAGUACAUUUCUGGGGCCAACUUCUUAGGAGAAAUAACAGAGUGGGUGGGCUUCGCUCUGGCUGGAUGCUCUGUUCAGAGCGCAGCUUUUGCCGUCUUCACCACAGUGGUCCUCACCAGUAGAGCAGUGGCUCACCACAAAUGGUACCUAUCCAAAUUUGAAGACUAUCCUAAAAACAGGAAGGCCCUGAUCCCUUUUCUGAUGUGAAAACCCCAGUGAUGGCCUGGAGGUGGGAGGAGGCACUGACUUAUGCUUGCUCUUUAACUUUAUUUAAAGACCCAUUCCAAUCCUGUUUUUGGUGUUUUUAACAUGUUCUUGUAGAAUUUUUCACAGAAUGGAGAAAUAAAAUAAUUUAACAUAAAAA